AAAAGAAAUUCCUUUACUCCAUCUAAACCUGUUACGGUUAUAAUGAUGGACCAAAGAAGACGUGAGGAAUCAAUGCCACGUGACCCUUCACUAUAACAGUGAAUUAUUCAAACCGACAGAGUGUCGAAAGGUGAGCCAGACUGGUAUUCAUUUUGUGUGUGUACGUGUAUGUGUGCAUCUUGUAAAAAAAACUAAUACACUUUAUAUUUCUGCGUGCAAUGAGAGCAGAGCGAUGACCGUUGGAUUACAAAGAAUUCUCAUUCCUUCGGUUUUGGUGUUUGGUUGCCAGAUUUCCGAGACUUUUGCAGGAAAUUCCUCAGCACUGGUGUUGGGGAAAAUACGACAUAUUCCCAGUUUAACAGAAAUAUUUUUACCUCCACUAAUUCUUUUGGCGUUGUGUACCUUAGGUAUUUGCUUCUUACUGGUUUGUCGUGUUCAGAAAUUUGUAAGAAAAUUGCAAUCCCGGAAGCGAGUUGAUAAUGUGGAUUUUGAAAUAUACCACAUCGAAACGUUCUCCAACGAUAAGCGGAAAACUAAAACGUUCAAGAAUAGCAAAACUUCGAACGACUUGGCUUUUCUCUCGCAGUUCGACUUGGAAGUACUUAAUUUUCUACAACAUUUUUCGAACAAACCCAUAGAGUUGCUAAAAAUAGGCACUCCAGCGUUGAUAACCAUAAUUUUAGGACCGUUCGCCAUCUUGUUUUACCAUUCCACAACUGAGUUCUUUUGGCCAAAGGAAACUUUUCCGGAACUUCCCAACAAUAAUCAAUGCAUAUCGUGCUUUCUAACGCCUGCGGGACUUGUGUAUGCGAUAUCCUUUGGAUUCGCAUUUUCUUCUGCGCUUGGAAAACAAAGCGAAAUCCUGUCCAAAGUAACGGAAGAGAUUAGCUUUAUAGACCAAGCAGCCACACUGACCAGCAAACUCAAAUUAACGGAUCAUAAAAUCCGGAUGGAUAUUUAUCAAGCCAUUAAAUGUGAAGCCAUCUAUAUGAUACUCCAAAUUGAAAAUCGGAAGGCGUCCAUUUUUACCCACAAGUCAAUAGUAGACGUUAAAACUGCUAUUUGGAAGAUUUUGGAUUUACUUCAAGGGGAAGAUAACCCGGAUGCUCAUCAUAUUGAUGACGUCAUGAAGCGUCAUCUAAUAGACUAUAUAUCCCGACUCAACAACAUUUGUUCGGAUGACCUCAGUGUUCUUCAUUCAAGAACCCAUUGGUUAAUGUGGGUGUUCCUUAUAUCACUGGGCUUUUUCUCGCUGUACGGAGUGUUAAUGAUCCAGGCCUCCUCUUACCGUAUGGAGCUAAUGAUGUGUGUCCUGACCCUGUUCUCCAUCAGCAUGCUGUGUUACAUCGUCUCCGACCUGGACUCGCCAUUUUCCGGAUUUUUCCGGAUCGACAUUUCCAUCAUUGUUGACGUCAUUUACAGAUUAGAAGUAAUGCACAAAAUGGCGGCGCUGGGAUUUGAAGAAACUGUGUGUUAUCCGGAUAGUUCAAGGUUUACUCAGAAAAAAUAUGACGACGCGGAAAAAGUAGACCCCGCAAUGCAAAUACAGACUGUGUGUUAAUUAUUUCUUUCUCUUUCAUAUUGAAAUUAUACUCGAAUUUUGAUGAAAUGUGUACAUGUUAGAUGAGAAGAAUUUGUUGACGACAAAGAAAACGUCUUAUUCUUUUGAAUGUAAGGCAGUUAUAAAAUAUAGUAAGCCGAAAAAAUCUUAAAUCACACGAGAUUCGUAAGUUUAUUAGGGAGUUUAUUGCAAAAAUUAUUUUAAAAAUUAUAAUGAAAGAUAUAUAAUAUAAGUCAGAUAUAUAAUAUUUUUCCAUACACUGUUUUGUAAUUCCAACAUCAAAGCACCCAUAGCCUUCAUCGGCUUUUGAUUUAAAUCAUUUUUGUGAUAACACGGAACAUCUGAAUGCCUUUAGCUGUUUUUAUUUUGUUGUAGUAAGAAACACGUAUAAUUCAUUGAAAUUUUCUGAAAUGUUCAGUUGUUAAAACAGUAAUAUUAAAAGCCACCAAUGGAUAUUCUUUUCGAUAGUCACUGCAUACGCAGAGGUUUUGAAAGACAACCUUUAAUGUAUAGAGAACCAUUUUAACAAGAUCUUAGCCUUUGAUUUCAAAAGGAAGUAACUACCCUUCUCUUGCGUCAAAACAAGUUAAAAUGAUGCUGAUUUCAUGCCAAAUAUACAAAUUUUGCGAAGUUUUCGCUCAAAAAGCCAGACAAAUAUUGUUGAUU